UUCCAUAGUUUUGCGUGAAUUUUGUAAACAAAAAAUUUCAAAGCUGUUUUAUUAUGAUUUUUUUCAAAGAAAUUAAGAAAUAAAACAAGGAAAAUGGAAAAUUCUGAUGCCUGUGAUAAUGGAAAAGUCAAUGAAUAUUUCCUCUAUGACAUCGUUGAGGAGGAAUUCUCAAAAUAUUACGAAAAUCUCGUCUUAUCCCGAGAUAAUCAUCCGGACAUUCCUCAAGAAGCCUACCAUCUGUGUAGAAUUUGUAAUUCAAAAUUUGAAACAUUUGAUAAACUAAACUGCCACAGUCUUCAUCAUUUUAUCGAGAGGAAAUAUCACUGUCGGAAAUGCCUAUUUUUUGGCCGAAGUAUCAAAUCCUUGGGAGAUCAUGCGAAAAAAAUACACACAAACAGUCCCUACAUCCGUUGCCCCUACUGCGGCAGGUCCUUCAACAUUUUGGAUCAUUUGCCAUUUGAAAGUCACAUCAAGACGCAUUUUCAGUACAAAAAUCAACUUGAAAUGAUGGGAGCUCGAAAUCUCGGAAGAAUGUUCUUCAUUUGUAUGACAUGUGGCAAGGUUUUCUGGCACAAGAACCAACUUACAGAUCAUGUGGCAGCAGAAAAGAACGUUAGAGAAUCUACGAAACCUCUAUCAAGCUCUAGAGCGCAGCCCUUGACUCCAAAAACGCUCGCCAAGCAUAAAAAGACAAUUGCUGAAAAUUCAUACAAAUGUAAUAUUUGUGGCGAAACAUUCGCCAAUAAGAGCAAUUACAGUGAACAUUUUGAUAUUUGCAAAGCGGAAUUUUUAAAAAGAUCCAAACGAUCGAGACCCCCAAAAUUUGCUCAAAAAGUUCGUAAAACUUCCGAUGAUGGCAUAUCAGAACGUUUUAAGACCGUGAAGAUUGUUUGUGCGGUAUGCAAUGAAACUUGCACACUUAAUCGACAACUUCGCCGUCACAUUCGAAUGGGUCACGUGGAAUUUCUCUAUAUUUGCAAAACAUGCGGAAAUGUAGCCAAAAAUGAGAAAUCCAUGAUGAAACACAGCCAAAAGCACAUCAAUUCAUCGGAUUCCAAAGAAGACUUUAGCACAACAAUUGACCGGUUGAUUGGUGAUCUCAUUGAACCACAUAAAAUUAAGAAAGAAAUUGAUGAAGUAAGAGAUGAUACAAGCAUGGAAAUAAACAAUACCAAAAUGGAAAUUGAGGACAUCAAGAAAGAACCAGAAGAUGAUCAAAAUUUAGAAAGUUCCUUGGACAUUUCAAAAACAACCAUAAAAACGGAGAUUAUGGAUAUUAAAUCAUCUUUUAAUGAAUACCAAAGCAAUGUUUUUAUAAAGAAAGAACCAUUUGAUUGAAGAAUUAAAAAAUCCAUCAUAAAAA